CACCUUCAACUGGACAGAACAUGAUUGUUGCCUUGGGAUUCCUAAGUCUGGUUGGGGACCAACACUUUACUCUUUUCUGUUGUCUUCUUUGGGGACAGAGUUUUGGUCUUCAUCAUCAAUGAUCCAGGCAGGAAUUCAGACUUCCACAAAAAGAAUUUCCACUCAAAGACCCCAUGCAGUUGUGAGCACAACUACAUGGUACGAGGCAAUGGUUCACAAAUUUCAGAGUUCCUUCUUCUGGGACUAUCAGAAGAACCAGAACUGCAGCCCAUCCUAUUUGGGCUGUUCCUCUGCAUGUACCUGAUCACUGUGUUGGGAAACCUGCUCAUCAUCCUGGCUGUCAGCUCAGACUCCCACCUCCACACCCCCAUGUACUUCUUCCUCUCCAACCUGUCCUUGGUAGACAUCUGUUUCACGUCUACCACCAUCCUGAAGAUGUUGGUGAACAUCCAGACACAGAGUAAAGCCAUCACCUAUGCAGGCUGCAUCACCCAGAUGUAUUUUUUCCUGCUCUUUGCGGGGUUGGAUGAUCUCCUCCUGACUGUAAUGGCCUAUGACCGCUUUGUGGCCAUCUGUCACCCCCUGCACUACACGGUCAUCAUGAACCCCCGACUCUGUGGACUGCUGGUUCUGAUGUCCUGGAUCACAUGUAUCCUGAAUUCCUUGUUAGAAAGCUUAAUGGUGUUGCAGCUAUCCUUCUGUCCAGAUGUGGAAAUCCCUCACUUUUUUUGUGAACUGAAACAGGUGGUCCAACUUGCCUGUUCUGACACCUUUCUUAAUGACAUGGUGAUGUAUCUUGGAGUUGGUCUGCUGGGUGGUGGUCCCCUGGCUGGGAUCCUUUAUUCUUACUCUAAGAUACUGUUCUCCAUACAUGGAAUGUCAUCAGUUCAGGGAAAGUAUAAAGCAAUUUCUACUUGUGCAUCUCACCUGUCAGUUGUCUCCUUAUUUUAUUGCACAAGUGCAGGAGUGUACUUUAGCUCUGCUGGUACCCACAGCUCACUCUCAAGUGCAACAGCCUCAGUGAUGUACACUGUAGUCACACCCAUGCUGAACCCCUUCAUCUACAGCCUCAGGAACAAAGACAUAAAGGGGGCUCUGAAAGGAUUCUUUGGGAUGGCAGCUAUAAAAAGACCAAUCAUCCUGGGUCUGAAAAAAUGCCCAUAAUUGCACAUAAUGUUGAAAACAUUAGAGCCAGAAAUUGCUAUUCUUUGAUUAGAUUGGAAAAAUCACGCUUUCUAUUUAAUGACUGGAAUUUCCAUUUUAUUAAAAUUUGAAAUUCCCUAUACAAUUUAAAAACUCACUUGAUUGAGCUUCCCGCUCUGUCUGAUAUAUGGACAGUUUUUCAUUUUUAA